AUGACCGACACUUACCGAUGGGUCAUUCGGCCACCAGAAAGCCCAUCCAUAGAGUUCUCAGGCAUCUCCUACACCCAACGAAAGCUGAAUCAAGAUUGUAUCAUAUCCCUCCUUUGGGGGCAGGCGAAAGCAUAUCGCCAACGCCAACCACCUUUAAUGUCCAACAUCGUUCAAGCAUCAGCGCAAGGGGAGGAGCACUCGGUCGGCGACGUCAUGCUCCGCCUCAAAUUCGAUUAUGAGAGGGUACAGCAACAGGAUUGGCCACGGUUCACGUGGCAGGACGUCGCGGCUCUGUUGGAUCAACUUCGAGUUGUGUAUGGCGCGUAUGAGCAGUAUAAUGUGAUUGAAGGGACUAUACGGAUCCUCGGGGAUGUUGAGAGGAUUGUUGGCAAGCUUAGUAUUGAGAACAAAAAUCAGCCAGUGCAGAGAGCGCCGUCGUCAGCCGCUCCAAAAGAGAUUGCCGCCGUCAUCCAACCUAGUACCGUUAAUACUGCAGGGUCUGUUAACGCCGGCAAUAAGACCAGCGUUCUUUAA